CGUGGAAAUUUCGUAAUCUAACUAUAUUCGAAUCAUUGUAAAUAAGUCAACAGCUCUUAGAAAGCAUCAACCUCGCUCCCAGGGCAUUUUGCCUUGUUAAUAGUUGGCCCUGGGGACGAGGUUAAGAAGGCAUAGCCUCGUUAUUACUGCUUUCGUUGAUUGGAUGUGAGGCUAAAUCACCGAUUCGAGGCUGAUGUCUAGAUUAAUGACCACUAACAUUUAAAAUUGAUAUUGCUUUCCUUUUUAACAGAUUAGCAAAGAAAAUGUAAAACUUGUGAAACAACGACGCCUUUGGUUUCUUACAUUUAGCGCAUGCGUGAAUCGACUACAAAGCACUCCGUGUAGUAACUAACAUGAAACGUUGCCAGCGAACACGAAUUGAAAACGUGGUUUGUUGUUAUCACAGGCAGUAUAAACAUCUAUUAUUAGCUAGGAAAAAUGGGGAACGAUUUUAGAACAUUUGAGACUUGAUAUGGCUUUGUGAAGUGGAGAUGAUCGAAAAAGCAAAGAUCUAUUAUCCAAAAAUACCUUCCAACAACUUUUUAAAAAACAUUUACAGACCUGGAAGUGUAAAACCUAAUGCCUAAAAACGUCCCAAAAUCUUCUGGAAAUUCAGUGACAUUCUUUUCUUUUCUCAGACGCAAAACAUUCACUGUUAACAACUUUCGUAAUUCAAUUUCAAUGAAGCUCAACUUCCAUCCUAUUGAAGAGACUGGUUACAACUUAUACUCUAAAUAAAUUAUUUAAAAAUUCAAUUAUGCUAAUUUAUUUAUACUUUUGAAUCUCCAACAAACACUAUGAUAAAUUAUUCCAGUAUAUGCGUUUUGAACAAAUUAUUUGAAAGCGUUGCUGGUAAAAGAAAAGAAAAGAAAAUCAAAAAAAAGAAUACGUCGAAAAACAUGACGGACUCGCCGACAGUGGUCAACCCAACUUCGAUUUCCACGAAUAAAAUUAUGAUUACAGUUGAAACACAAACAUACGAGAAUGAUUUUUGUUUAUGUUUUGUUCCCGAGUAUGAUUGUAAAAACGAUGAAGAUGCUACCAUUGAUCCUCACAUUGCAAUUAAAUUGAACGCACUGAACAGUGAAGAAAAAGUAGUGGUCAGGAAUUUCGAAGCUAAUUCAAAAUGGCAGCCGAAGAAGCGCUGGAAGUUUGCAGGAAAUGCAAUCAAAGCAAUGAACAGGUUUGGUAAAUCUCGAAAUAAAAACAAACACUUUUAUAAACUUUCGCUGCGAGAAACUGAUCAAAAUAUGAUGGAGCCUCAAAAGAGUGGAUUAUAUGUACGCACAGUCAGCGGCGAGCGUGUUGAGUCGGAAAAUACCACCACUACGAAGAAGAGGUUCUCUCUCACUGGGCUGAUUAACGAUAUGAGACAGAAUAAGGGUGAUAAAAGUAAUCGAGACAGCCUUGACUCGCAGUGUCCACGCCAAUCUUCUUAUCUCUCCGGAUGCGAUAGUGGAAGAGCGAGCAUUCGAGAAAAAAAUAAGAAGUACAGUAGCUUUUACAAGCUUGAAAACUGGGACGAAUCUAAACCGUUCGUACUCGAUCACAAAAGCAAAAGCAUGUACGACAUGAAAACUCUCCACGCUAGCGUAGAUAGUUUUGAUCGGUUUUGCGGAAGUCCUGAAAUGCGACAAAGUACGCCACAUAUUAGGGAGAUAAACGAAAGACCUGCAAAAGUUCAAAAACGAAGUAAAAAAUUAAAACGCAGCAAUAGCUGGUCUGUGAAGAAAGAAAGAAGUGAAAGCGGCUCUGAUAAGCAAAGUCCUGGUCAAACAUACCGCAAUAAAAAUAUAGACAUCAUAAAUAAUUCACUGUUAGAAACAGUAACUAACCACCAUAAAAGAAAUGGUAGACCUCAAAGUUAUUUAUGGAAUCCAAGGCAGAUUGUGUCAGAGAUGUACGAAAAUGAAUAUAUGAAUCGAAAAGGAAAAAGAGUUAUCGGGAGAGCGUAUUCAGCCCGUGAGCGAAGGUGCAAGUCUUCCUUCGAUAUACCCGAUGAUGAAGAAUUUACAGACGAGAGAUUAAUACGAGAACGGUUUUUCAGAGAAAUUUUACUCGCUAAAGAAUUACAAGAUGAAACUGAUUUAAUUGAAGAAAAAAUUCGGCGGGAAUUAAUUUUUAAUGAAUUGUUAGCUGAGAAAAGGAGAAGUUAUACCAAGGCGUCGAAAAAUUUUGACAAGAAAAAGCCAAGUUCUUCAUAUAGUAAAGCCGAGUCUCGCAAAUCCGUUGGAAGAGAAGACAUUAGACAGGUAUUUAACAAUGAACAAACAGUUACCAGAGAAAUUCCGCAGUCUUAUAAAGUGCAGAUAAAUAAGUCAAUCACGAAAACCAGUAAACUUGAGAAAGGGAUUAUAAAAGAACCCAAGAUUGAAAUUAAAAAUGCUAGUGAGCCAAAAAAAGAGAAGACGAAAGAUACCGAUAACAAAGAUACUCUCGAUUUUACUGCGUUUGCGAUUGUCCCAGGUACCCCUCUUCAAAGAAAACUGAGUCAGCGAGGUAUAAAUGGCAAAGCUCCGAUUAAUGUCAUCGAGCCAACUAAAUCGCCACUAUCUGAUGGCGGCACACCAAUGUUAGCAAAAAGAAAAUCUUUUCACAGUGCUGAUGAUAUAGUUGGAACAACUUGCGAUUUCGUUCCCAUUAUUAAUACUUCAUUAAGUGCUGAUGACGUCACAAAUGAAGAGGUUAUGGCUAAUAUAUCAGCGAGGAAAGAGGCCGUGUCACAAAAAAGCUCAACAGGAUCGAAAUCGGAAGAUGAUGUUCCCAUUUUGGACGAUUCUUAUUAUGAUGACGAUGAUGACUUAGCAACGUAUGUUUAAUGACGUAGAUUGAAUGCUUUUUUUACGUGACGUACCACUUUAUAUCAACCUCGUCCCCAGGGUUUUUUGCCUUUUUGACAAUGAGACAGGCAAGUAAGCGCUAGCGACUUUGGCAUAAGCAAUUAAUCCUAGGGACGAGGAUCACUUUAUAUCAAUUUUUACAGUCGGCUUUUAUGUGAGAACUGAUUUUAUAAAAGGAAGCACUGAAAACAUUCCGACAAUGAUUUAAAUCAUCAAUUUCAAUAGUUUUAUAUUUAACAUUGUAAAAACUUUGAUAAUUUUUAGUAGAUCUUUC